UCAACAAUAUCAAAUAAAAGAUGACGUUAACGUGUUGGGAAAAAAUAUCGUUCGUUGUAUUAGGAUUGCUUGGAUUGCGAAUUCUAUGGCGAAUAAGCGUUCUUGUGUGGAAGAAAUUAAUAGGACCGAAUUUUGGAUUCGGUGUUGACCCAAGAACACAGGGUAAAUGGGCAGUGAUCACAGGUGCCACAAGCGGUAUCGGGAAAGCGUACGCGGAACAAUUAGCGAAAAAAGGUUUGGAUAUUGUGCUGGUUUCGCGAUCUCUGUCAAAACUCGAAGAAGUCGCGAAGGAGAUCAAAGAACGAUAUGGAGUUCAAGUUCGAAUCGUGGAUGCAGAUUUGACCGAGGGACAAGCGGUUUAUGCCAAAAUUGCCAAAGCCACUGAAGAGCUCGAGAUUGCAAUAGUGGUAAAUAAUGCAGGAGCCAGUUAUGAUCAUCCUGAAUUAUUCACGAAUGUCUCGGAGGAAAGCAUAGCUCAGAUUUUGCAGUUGAAUGUGGCGUCAAUGACAGGAGUCGCAAGGGCCCUUCUUCCUCAAAUGUUCGAACGUAAAAAGGGCAUUUUGAUAAAUAUCAGCUCGGCUACGGCUGUUAUGCCAUCUCCUUACUUAACUGUGUAUGCAGCCAGCAAGUGUUACGUUAUCAAGCUCAGCGAAGAUUUAGCCGCUGAAGCCGCACCAUUCGGUGUUACUGUACAAUGCCUCAUUCCUGGUCCAGUGGCGACUAAGAUGUCAAAGAUCACGAAACCGACUUGGAUGGCGCCAACUCCAGAGAAAUAUGUAAAACAUACAUUAAAAACAAUUGGUCUUGAAUUGUGUACAUCAGGCUAUUUGCCGCAUGGUUUAUUAGUCGCCUCUGUAAAUGCUUUACGUUACAUAUGCGAAAAAGGUACGCUUUGGUUAGUUUGUAAGACCAUGUGUAAUAUAAGAAAGCGUGCAUUAAAAAAGAAAGAAAAAAUGGAAAAAAUAACUAAUGAAGAAACAUCAGUUAUUACUAAAUGAAUCCUAAAUUUAAUUUCUUCUCUUUAUUUUGUUUUUUUUUUUAUCCAUUAUUCUUUCCUUUUCUGUUCUUUAUUUAUCUUAUUUUUUUUUUUGCCUUUUUUGCUCUUUG